AUGCCCAAAGUGUACCAAGCCCAAGGAAUUUUGGUUAGUACAACUGAAUCACAUUCAUAAUUGUAAUGUGUAGAUGGAAGGCAUAAAUAACUUGGCCACUGAGUGCGAAAUCCUGCGUUCUCUAUACCCAGAAGAAAUAUUUACCUACGAAGUGGACAAUAACACAGUUAUAAGGGGCACAUUCACCGCUCACCCGAAGGUUCUUUUAAAAACAAUCGUCACUGGACCGAGAUACAAUCGUCAAUUACAUUUCACGAAAAAAAUCUCAGACCAAUCUUCUGUUAUGGAGUGUCAAUAUGAAAUUGACUAUCUCCCUCCAAUUUAUCUGGAUUUCCAUGAAUCAAUAGAUGGAGACCGUCCCAGGGCAUUUAUUUCUCCCAAUUCCAUGUGGUUAUCAUCUGAGUUUAUCUCACGUUUGAAAGACGAACUUGAAAACAUAUUGCAAAGCCCAACUUAUGAAUCACCUCUCUGGUCUUGCUUCGAGUACGUGGAAAAUAAUGCGAUGCACCUCUUAUUUCCUGUUUUGACGCCUGGAUUUUGUCUCAUCGACCCGUUAUCCGUAUUUAAUAACGACGAGCUCGCGUCGAGGCAAUCCAUGGAGGUUUUAUUGGGUACUAAUGAAGCGGAGCUGGAGACCAGAUACAGAAGCUCUUACCACGAAUGCCCUGUCUGCGCCUCCUCGAAAAAAGGAAGUAAAUUUGUUCGUCUAAGUCAGUGCUCCCAUGCUGCAUGUUUUAGUUGCAUGAAGGAGGCCUUCUCCGUUCAAGUCAAUGAGGGCUUCAAUGAAGGCAAUCCGCAGUGUUUGUUUUGCGAUGCGAAUGCCACGCAGUUCGAGGUAAGCUCUUAUUAACUUUCUAAAUCUACUCCUUUCGGAGACCUCUACGUAUCAAUUAGGUUACCUUUCGACGGCACUUAUGCGCAUUUUGUCAUGCGUGACAUUGCUUGCUUAGGGCAGGCGAUCAGUUAAAAUACCACAGAUCUGUGCGAGGUAGAAUGUUCGACAGCGAACCAGCGGAAAAUGGGUUAGUUGCCGGGUGGACAGUGAAAUGGUUGGCGACUUUAACCAAAAGGGGUGGAACAGAAGUUUCCACGGACCUCAUAAGAAAUGGAAAGAAUAAGAAUCAGCAACAAUAGUCAACUUUAGGUCUCUGUAGAAGGCAAGCUCUUUUGAAAUCAUCGUUGCAUUAAAGAAAUGCUAAUCUUAACCAAGCCGGACGAUUGUGUGCCACUGUCAGUAAGCGAUGCAGGACAAGAGGCAGAGCUCCUUGGUACUUAAUGUCAAUAGUGUUCAUCUUCGAUGAACUGGCCCUAAUUACCCCACGUAGUCUAAGUUUUUCAAAAGUCUAUCAAGUACGGUCGCGUCUCCUUAUUCUGCUUCUCCAAGCGACGCGUACUAUCGUUUGGAGCUUCGUGGGUCAGCCGACUGGAACUCUGGUUGUGCCUCAGCUGUUCCCUUCCUGUCAGGGUUCGAACCCCGCCAAGGUUCCCGGAAUUCCCACAUUUGGGUAUUCGGUUUACUAAUACUCUCUGUCGCCCGCACAUAGUUGUCCAUAUAAUUCCCGGAGUGCCCAUGAAGGGUGCUUUUAGGUGCACAGCCUUAUUGCCUAUGCUUUGCCGGUACUCCUACUCGUGUCUCAACAAGAUUCGUUAUGUUUUGAAGUUGCCAGCAAAAAUGAACAGUUAGAAGCGUUUUAUGGUGCCAUAGUUUACGGCCUUGCCGGAUCGGCGAUGCAUGCUGAUAUUAUUGAAAUACACUCAAGUUUUUUUGGAUCAGCUACUGCACUAUUUGCUGUCACUUCAUUUCAUUUUGUUACCAGAGAGUGCGACCAAAAUAGUACCCAAAUAACGAUUUAGUUUAGAAAUCUCAUAGUUUUCAAUUAUGCGAACUGGUGAUACCCGAUAACGGCCAGUACUCUUGCUGGGAAGCAAUUGUAGCUUGCGCACGAAUUAUAAUGAUUGUAGCCUAGGUGGGAUUUACCCCACUCUUUUUUCCCAUAGCUAUCCACUUUCGAGACACAGUCAAGGGGAUUGGGCGUAGGUAUUAGUCAGUGGCUAACCUGUCAUCAGGAAAAGGCUGGUGCAAGGAAAGAGAGUUAAGGAUGCUGUGAAAUCCUUAUUUCGGCCAACCUAGAUACAAGUCACAAGUGCGCCCUUAGGACUGUGGCGGUUCUUCCGUCGUUCCCGUCACAAGGUCCAUCACUCUACAUGAACCCGACUUUGAUAAUCCAGACCUCGCCUCAUUGAGGCUUGCCAUACAGGCCACAUUGAGGGGGCAUUAGAGCCUCACCCUCGCUCUAGGAAACCAAGUUACUACGUCAAGUGACAAUCACGACCUUUUUCGCAUCAUGACAAUUUAGACCCGUGGGACGUGCGCUGGACCGGCCUCGAUGUUUUCCCCUCUCGUACCAUGUGCCAGUGGCGGGUCCGAUUCAAGCUGACUGUAUGUGAAAUCAGUUACACUGGUUGGCGCGGAACAAGACUCCCGUCUACCACUUGCCACACCCGCUUGACACCCGUUUAGGCCUCUUGUACUACUUGUAACUUGGUACGGCUGUGAUCAUGCCUGACCUAGCCAGCCUCGAUGAUGUCCCGAACUGUACCUCUCCAUGCGUGACGAUCCGCGGCAGCAGCUAAGCUAACGGACAACUCUUCUUCCCGGUCAUAGGUCACGCCUCCCAAAUUCAAUCGUUCUAAUAAUCUCCGUCUUGAAGAUAUGAUAGCUGAGACUUUACGAUACGUUCCAACAUGAAAAAACUUUUAAUGACUAUUUUUGUUUAUUGCCUAACUUUUAUCCGACUGUUCAAGCCUUCCGUUCUGUCCCUUGAAUAUGGCCGGGUGCCACGGAUGCAAUAAGGCGAAUCCAACAAUAGCAAACCAGUGUUAUUUUAGUGAAACGUUUGAAGGGAUUUAGGUCCCCGUAUCCUCAGCCAGAGGCAAACGCUUCCUCAUUUGCCAGAUCUGUUUUUUUUCAGGCUAUUAAUUUAUUGCUCGCAGGUUUGCGGCUCUAAUCUGUCUUCUUCUUUAGAUCCGUAGGAUUCUGUCAAAGAAAAUGUACGAACGAUACGAGAACUUUCUAUUGGCUAGGGCCUUAGGAGGUAUGCAGGACGUCGCUGUUUGUCCGAGACCAAAGUGUGGCGCCUCGGUCUUGCUAGACUCUCCUACUCUUGGACGAUGCCCUGAAUGCAAAUUUGUCUUCUGCGCCAAUUGCAGGCACUCAUAUCAUGGACCCUCUCCAUGUUUAUCAUUACAUCUGUCCAUAGGUACGUCAGGUUUGAUCUCCAGUCGAAUAUUUCAUAUUCCUUAGCUAGUUUCUGGCGGCUAUAGGCUCCAAGUGCUGUUCUCACACCAAUAAAGCUUGGAAUUUUCCUUAUGACGUGAUUGAUGCCAGGCUACAAAAGAUCGCUAAUUAAGUUCCAUACCAUAACUAAGUUCUAUACCACACUUUGCCAUCUCCGUUUACUCAGUGUAACGGCAGUUUGAGUGAUUUCAUUGUGAAGGAAAGUCAUCAUAACAGUGUAGGCUCUUAGAAUCCCUGAGGUGGAUACCUUCUGUUGUGUCCUUAUCACCACAGAGACCAGGAUGAGCUAGUCGUAGUAGACUCAACGAACCCAGCGUUGGGGUCGAUCAAAGACAACAUGGAAGCCUCACUCGACAGAAAGCCAACAAACCGUCAGGAAGAACAGUCACCCUUCCCUUAAGCAUUUCAAACAUCCUACUAGACAUAAUAACUGCCCCCAUUUCGGGGUGGUGGCGCGCGUCACGGACAACAGGACCGUCUCAGAAGCAUUUGCAGCAACCGGCGGAGUGAAACUGGGCUGUAUAUUUAGUUUCAACCCUCUUGCCAUGUUGAUGGACGCCUGCCAUGAUGGGCGCCCCCGGGUCCGCAUUGCUUACAGGACCGACGGUCCUCAUCUCAACAGCCGGCAUCUGCGGGCCUCAACGCGUCUCUCCACGACUUGUCCUUCGCCGGAUCUUCAAAAAGCAGCCAAGCCUUCGGUCGGCUGCAGAACUCUGUAUUGAAUUGCAACGGUCUCCACCUGAAUACCAAACUGAAGAUGUACAAAGCAGUCAUCUUGACGAUGCUGCUGUAUGA